CUGUGCCGCUGAAGUGCCAGUCACUUGGAGGCGGAGAGGGGUGUUGAGACGCACGACAGUCGGUAUAAGUUUUGUUCAACGUCAACUUUUCUUUACUUUUAAGACUCGAAUAAUCUCUUGACGCAUUUUAAAGACAUGUCAUUUACAUGUCAACGUCUUACAGCUAGCGCCUUCUGCAUGACUAAUGCAGAGAGCUAAAAAGGAUCAAAACUUAUUUCAGGGAAGCUACGUUGCUACAAAUAUACUAACGUAGCUCACUAACCAACAAGCUGCAGCUGCGCACUACACCAAAAUUAAAUUACGUUUAUAUUUUGAAUGAUAUCUGAGACUUACUUUUUUCUACGAAAAUCUGAAAGUUUAUUUAACGCCCGUGCUCUACAUGUUGUCAGCGGGAAAAUCUAGUUGGUUAUUUUGCAGAAAGGUAUUAGAUAGUUUAUUUCAAUAAUGUCAGCAUCACCUGUGAACUCGGCUCGUGUCAGACGCAGCAAUGACGGGUCCCCCAUCAACACCUCCUCUUCCUCCUCCUCCUCAGCAGCAUCAUCAUCCUCCGCCGGUAACGGCAGUGGCAACGCGAGCCGGUUGCAGCCCAUUCGCGCAACGGUACCCUACCAGCUCUUGCGUGGAAAUCAGCAGCACAGUCCCACCCGCCCUCCCGCGCCCUCCUCCAUCUCAGUCGGGAGUAACACAGAACCGACAGCUUCAGCCCAGCACUGCACCUCAAGUCCCGGCAGCCCGACGAUCGCCAGUCCGGCAGGAAGCGGCUCGCUGGACGGUCGGCUGAUCUCGCGGCAGAGGCGCUCUCCGCCGGAGCAGCACAGGAACUCGCCGGAGUGCUGUCCUCAUUCACCUGUGCUUAGAGUUGAGAGGUCAAAGUCGCAACAGGUGUGGAGCACAGGUGCUAUCAGACGGACUUCCUCUCUGGGUGCUAUCACCGGGCCCUACCUGAUAGGGCAGUGGCCUCGCGAAUCCCACCUGCACAACCCCUCUUGCAUGAAAGACAAGUCCACACAGACUCCUGGAUGUUGGAGUGAGGAAACCGAGGAGGAAAGAAGCACACACCAGCGCUCUGCGUCGUGGGGCAGCGCCGACCAGCUUAAGGAGAUCGCUAAGCUCAGGCUCCAUCUGCAGCGCAGUAAACAGGGCGGAGGACGGCAGUGUAAGGACAGUAAAGAGCGUCUGUCCCCCCUCUACAGCUGUACCACCACCAUCACUGCCUCUAUCAGCACAGCCAGCCAGGCGCAGCCGCCCAUGUCGAAGUCAGCACAGAUGCCACUGUCCAACAUCACAGUGCCAAAGCCCUCCAUCUCCAGAGUUCCCAGCAGCAUGGAGGGCAUCAACCACGAGCUGGAAAAGGUUUUCAUCAAAGACAAUGGAGAAAAAGAGGAGCUAAAGGCGCUGGAGGUUCCUGACGGACGGAGGGCUCCGUUUCCCCCUCAGCGGAGCAGCAGCAGUCGCGGCAUGGACACGCAGACACCGUCAGUACCCGGACGUUCCAGUAGCUGCUCCAGCCUGUCUCCGUGCCCCUCGCCAGUGUGCCCUCCCCGCUCACACGACGGCAGUCCAUAUUCCACUGAUGAGAUGCUGGAUGAAAGGGACAAAGAUAGCGGCAGCAGUUCUCCUCUUCCCAAAUUUGCAUCAUCUCCUAAACCCAACAACAGCUACAUGUUUAAACGAGAGCCGCCAGAGGGCUGUGAGAAGAUCAAAGUGUUUGAGGAAAUGACGUCCAGACAAUCAGCCACCGUCCCCCUCUUCUCCUGCCCUGACAAAAACAAAGUCAAUUUCAUCCCCACCGGCUCCGCGUUCUGCCCGGUCAAGCUCCCCGGCUCCCUGCUCCAGCAUUCCAGCUCCCAGCAGGAGGACAAGGAGAAACAGGACCCGCAGGCCGGCCCCAGCUCAUUAUGCCAUCUAGCCCCCCAAAAUUACCACAUGCCCACUCAGGUCUCCACUAGCACGAGUACAGACGACCCUCCAGAAUCACUCGCCAGUUCACCCUCCCAACAACAGGAGGCGCCCACGGAAUCCCAGCCUCAGAACUUUGGAGUCAGCUAAGCGUGCAGAGCUGGUCUCUGCCGUACCUCGCCGCCACAUCGCCCCGUUACCUCCUCUCCCCUCCCUUCUAUUUGAUGGACCCCACCUUUGUGCUGAAUCUUUACUAUCUGCAUGGCAUAGCAACUGUGGCCCGAACAAAUCACCAAUAUGUUCAGAGCAAAUGUGGCCAUGCCACACUUUUGCGCAUCCGAAGAGCUGAGGCAUUAUGGGAAAAGGCUCCACGGACCUUAGAAUAUGCAAAUCAAAAUGGCUUCACUGUUAUCUUAAAUGAAACAAAGAAUUGAGUGAGCUUUAAGAGUCUCAUACCGAAGUCUUAUUUAUUCAAUUUGCCUAUCAGUAAGUUCAGUCACAUUCCAGAUAUUCCCGUUUCGCUUUUAUAGUGUCACAUAAUACACAUGUGGAUGUGUUUGCAGGUACGUUUUCAUUUGAUUCAACGUUGAUCCCGAGCAAAUCGCACAGCUGUUGUCAAACGCAACUUAGCUUUUGUAUGAGCACUAAGCUGACAGCGCAGUGAGGUGUUUUCUUUCAAUACACCCUUGAUUUAUAAGGAAAAAUAGACUAAAGGCCCAUUCACACUAAGAACGAUAACUAUAACGUUUAUUAUAUGUGCGAUCUGUGACAGCACAAGAUAAAGAUUUUAAGAGAAUAGGAGUCCACCCCAAAUAUAACAAUAAAGGAUACGGAGUAAUAUUAUUUUUUGACUGAUAUAUGAUUGACAGCCAGACAAAAUACAUUUACAGUAAGCACAUGAGCUUAGAAUAAACAUAACAAUAUCAUCUGUUGGUUUGGACGCUGAUAUAGUUUUUGUUUCUGGUGUGAACGGGCCUUAAAGCUUCAAGGAAGGUCUAAAUAGUGUCGGGCAUGCAUUUGAUAGUAUGUUUAACAAUUCAUGUGUCGUUUUCUCUUUCAACAUCCACAGUAUGAAUAAGCUCUCACUAUCAAUAUAUCUAUACAUGAAAAAUCUAUAUAUAAAGAAAAAAGCUUGUUUGAAUUUAAAGCCGUGUAUUGCUGUGUUAUGUACGUUACGAAGAUGCUGUUUACGUUUCUAGGUUCCCCACCCUUUGAGAAAAUCGAAGAAAGAGAAAAUAUUGACUAUAGCGAAAGAAAAAAAAUAUUUUCACAUUUGUUGCACAGUGUCCACCCGUGGCCUCGUUUCAGGUGUACCGCUUGAUAUUUAAUCUCAGGUAAUUCGGAAUGUCCAUACACGUAUUCAGAUUGAGCGCCUUUCACUGUUCCCAUUCAAUCAUUUCCUGCAUUUUACAAUGAUAUCCACCUGCAGAGGCAGUUUUUUCAUCAUAGUCGUGGAGUUGAUGGUGGUCAUGAGACUGUCGGCUGGAAACUGAUGGGCUUCUGCGGCUCUGGAGGUGGAUAGGUUUUGCAUUUCAUGACAUUCUGUGUUGGGCAGCGCUGUCUGGAUGAUGUGCACGUCAGACACACUGUAUGUACUAGACCAGACAGAGAUCAAACAGACAAUAUUAUUAUCUAAUGAGAAAAAUUACAUUCCAGAUCACAGGUUUGUAACGUUUCUAGGGCUGUCAAACGGUUCAUCUUGAUAAAUCUCAUCCAGAAUAAAAGUUUGUGUUUACAUAAAAUAUGUCGUUGUACUGUGCGUAUUAAUUUUGUAUUUAUAAACACAAAAGUACACAAACAUGUUUGCUCAUUUAGAAAAUAUUUACAUGUAUUUAUUUAUAUUUACCAAUAAUUUAAAUUGUAUAUAAAUGUUUAUUAAUGUAUUGAUGUAUUUAUAAAUACAAUAUCCACAGUACACAAACAUAUAUUAUGUAAACAUCAACUUUUAUUCUGGGUGCGAUUAAUCAUUUGACAGCCCCUAAACGUUUCUGAUGUUGCACAGAAAUGGGUAAUUACUUUCUACAUACAAAGUUGGUUAUUCCAAACUAAAAGUCUGAUCUCAUAUUGAACAUUAACAAAUGUCCACGUCAUAUUUCAUCCCAUAAUCAAAAGAAAAAAUGCCCCCACAUCAUAUUACAUUAUUACAAUCAAAUUUUAAAAUCAUGUAACGUAUCUGUAAAACUAUAUUUCAUCAUCAUAUUUUUUCAGAUUACAGUAAUAACAAUGGGACUUUUUUACAUUAAAUAAAUUGGGAGACAGUUUGCCUAAUUGUCCUGAAAAUAAUAUCACAAUAGAUCCUAAAAAAUAAUUCUUUAUUUGUUUAUGGGGUUAGCGAUACAUAUUUUCUCGUUAUUGGUGUGAUUCAACCAAACCCUUUUUGUUUCGGCCUUAUUUACACAAAAUAUGCGUUUAAUGAAUGAAAUAACAACCCACAAGUCUGUCCUCAAACGCUUUUAGUUCAAGAGGAAACACUUGUUUGUCAGGGGCGUCUUUAUUACAAACAUGUUUAUGAAGUAUAUUGAAAACAAAAGCAUGCAUUUAUGAUUAUAAAUUGACCAUCCCUUUGUUUUUUUGUCUCCACAUUCCUAUUUAAUAAUCAACAUUUUGUCCAUGAGAAGGUUACAAGCAUGCAUGAUUUAUCAGAGAAGGGUUUUCUCAUCUUAAAGCAACAUUUUUAUAAUAACCAAGGUCAAACAAUAAUGUGUUGUGCUGUCAAUCAAAACAUGAAUUUAUCCAUCUCAUAGAAUCAGACACAAUAAUUCAUGAUCAAUAAAACAGGCUUUUAAAAAGUAAGAAGGCUACAUUUUAUGCCGCAUCUUGUUUUAAAAAAAUGACUUUCAGAUUCAAACAACUUUGUUGCGAAACAUGUGCUAUAAUGAUUUUUGUGGUUUUGCUCACAUAAAAAUCUGCAAAACUACAACAAUAAUUUGCAUACUGUUUAAAUGCUUGAAUAGUUAGACCAUUUCAUCUCCAUUCAUCUUUGACUCUUAAGCCAAAUCAGCACACAACCUGUUGAUAAAGCCAUCGAUCGAUAAAACCAGCACUGGUCAUUUGACCAGAGCACAUUGCUGGCACAAUGUUGGCAAGCCAUCUGUGGGAAAUGAGUUUGUAAUUCAGGCUGACCUGCUGUCUGUUCACACACAAUGGCAAUAAAUAAUUUUGUUGUCGUGACUGUGUAUAUCAGUGUGUGAUGUGUGUGUGUGUGAAUGGAGAUGAAAGAUAUCAUUUGGUUUUAUAGGGGAAAACUAUCAAAGACUUUGAAAAGCAACGUUCAAAAUGCUUCGCAAGCAUCUCGCCUUCAUAUGAUAAGGAUUGUUCUUAAUUUCAAGAGAAUUAUUUGUAAAAGCCUAUAGUCUCUUGCAGUCUUGCUAUCGAGUGUAUGGUCCUGCUGAGUUUGCUGUAAGUUCCGCAUAGUCCAAUGUCUGUGUGUGGUAACUUCAGCUGACACCAUCAACAGACUACACUUUAUUCAGCAUUUAACCACAAGAGGCAGAUCGUUUCUUUAAAUCAAGAACAGGAAACUUGUGUCUU